AAGUUAUCGGUUUUUAGCUAAUCAAGCGUUCGCGGUUUGUUUUCCAUUGUUCUUGAGUAUGGCGCUCCUAAGAAAUGCUGCUCAAGGAUUUCGGAGCAGCUUCCACCGCUUUGCCAGCAGUGGGUGCACCAUCUACAGCCUGAGUUCCGGUAACGUCAAGUGCGGCGUCUCUGUUAUCCGAGUAUCCGGGCCACAAACAAAAAAGGCUCUCCGGGCUAUUGUUGGAAACAAAGAAUAUGAACCAAAGGCCCGACAAGCAUACUUAAAAUCAUUUUUUCAUCCAGCUAGUAAAGAGAUGAUCGAUCGCGGUCUUCUGCUCUGGUUUCCUGGACCUGCUUCUUUUACCGGAGAGGAUUCCUGUGAGUUUCAGGUACACGGAUCGCUGGCCGUAAUUGCUGCAAUGCUUGAUGCCCUGGGAAAAGUGGAUGGUCUGAGACCAGCGGAACCAGGAGAGUUUACGAAAAGAGCGUUUUUCGGUGGUAAAUUGGAUCUAACUGAAGUGGAGGGACUCGCCGAUCUUAUACAUGCUGAAACGGAGGCGCAAAGAAAGCAGGCACUGCUGCAGAGUACAGGAGCACUGGGUCGAUUAUACGACAACUGGCGCCGGAGACUCAUCCGAUGUGCAGCUCAUCUGGAGGCCUACAUUGACUUUGCCGAAGAGGAACAGAUCGAAGGUGGGGUCAUCUUACAACUGACAAAGGAACUAAACGCUAUCAAGCGCGAGAUUAGGGAGCACCUUAGCGAUCAGCGGCAGGGAGAGCUGCUCCGUGAUGGAGUCCGAACUGUUAUUAUUGGAGCCCCCAAUGUGGGCAAAAGCAGUUUGCUUAACCUUCUCUGCCAGCGAUCUGUUUCGAUAGUCACAGAUCAAGCUGGAACUACACGAGAUAUAAUAGAAACCAUGCACAAUUUCGGUGGAUACCCCGUAGUUUUCUCCGAUACGGCCGGACUGCGGAGAAACACAACGGAUACCAUUGAGCAAGAGGGAAUACAGAGAGCUAAAGACUGCCUAGCCCAAUCCGAUAUGGUACUACUUAUGACGGAUGCCAAAGCAAUAAGGGAAAUAAAUCAUGAAGAUUCAGUCUCACAAUUUGUGGAUAACUAUCUUAAGGAACUGGACAUUCCUUUGGAUCUGUGCAAUGGUAAGCGACUGCAGCUGGUGGCCAACAAAACAGACACUCUGUCAUCGACAGAGAUCCAACAGCUGGAAAAGCUUUCUAAUGUCCUCGCCAUUUCGUGCCAUAAGCCCGAUAACAUAUCUGGGUUUCUGGGCAACUUGGAAAAACAUCUGCAAGAACUUUGCGGAGAACCGAGAGCGGAGAGUCCCCGCAUAACGAACACCCGGUACAGGCAGCAACUGGAGCGGUGCAUUGAGCACAUCGACGUCUUUCUGCGAGAUUACAACCCCGACCGAUACCCGGACAUGGCCAUUGCGGCCGCAAAGCUGCGUAAUUCCGUACGCUGCAUCGAACGCAUCACCGGACACGUUAGCUGCGAAGAUAUACUUGAUGUUGUGUUCAAAGAUUUUUGUAUUGGAAAGUGACUUGACAAUAGUUUGUACCUUCUAGGCUCAAGGACUGCAAAGUACUGCCCGUUGAGUAUUUAAUAAAGCCAUAUUUUAUUUUAUGAGUAA